AGUGCUUCAGUAAGUUCAUCACUAUGCCCAGCACCCACCAUAAGCCCUAACUUUCCUAAUCAACAUAAAAGGGGACACAAACGGCAGCAGGAGGUCACGGCGUUCAACUUCUGGUCUCGUUCGCGGUGCUGUCGGCGACGGGGCGGUGUUCCCUUUCAAAGGCGUCGGCGCGGUGCUCUCCUUCGCGGUCAUCAUCUCCACGGACGCUACUCCACGGCUUCUCCUCCCCUGUCUCGGCCCCAAGUACGUGGUCACCUUCGAGAAACCCUUCUCGUUCUUCCUCUUCUUCCCCUGUCUCACCUCCUCCUCUUUGCAACUUCACUCUCUCCGAUCAACGCUUUUGCCGUCGUAGCUCACCAAAGAAAGAUUGCUUCGGAGGAGUUUAAGGAACAUUAGUGGACAUUCUAGAACUUGAAGAUUACAAUUUGUUGAGCCAUGACUCUCAACUUAAUGGAAAACGGAGCAACUUAAAAGGCUAAAAGGCUGGUAAAAAAGUAUCAAGCUCAUGCAAAAGUUAAAGAAUUUGAAAUGAAGGAAGUAUCUUCUGCUGCAAAACUAGUUCGAAAUUUUAUAACCAAAGGUGAUAAAGGAAGUAAUCAAGCCAAAAUAGCACAACAGCCUAAAAGGAAGAUUUCAGAAAUUGGAGACAAGCAAAAUAGGGAGAAUUCAAUGGAAGGGAGAAAUAAAACACUUGUAGAAGUUGUUAUGAACCGGUCUUUGAGGUCUUCCCAUAACCAAGUGAGGAGUAAUGUUCAACUAGAAGAACAACCAAUUCCUAAGAAGAUGAAGAGCAAGGGAAAGUGUCCAGCAAUGGCUCUUGAUGCCUUUUUGCAUACAGAAGGAGUAGAAGUGGAAAGACAAGAGGAAGAUGACUUUGAGUCAUGUGGUGAGGAUGCUAGAGCUGCUGAAAAAGAACCAGCUAACUUGAUAAACUCAAAAAAUAACUUAAAGCGUCCAGCAAUGACUCUUGAUGCUUUUUUGGGUGACCAAAGAAUUCAUGUGGAAAGAGAAGAGGAACAUAUUGAAGUUCCAACUACUGAGGAUGCUAGAUCUAGGCCAUCCCCGAAUUAUGGAGAAAAUGUUCAAUUCCCCUAUGAGGAAGAUUAUGUUGGUGAACAUGAAAGUGACAAUUUUGAUGUGGAAGGAGAUUAAGUUAUGGAAGAGGCUCAUG